AUGUCGAGCCAGGCCCCACAGGAUUACACGUCUGCCCAGCAUUUUGCCCUCAUAUAUAUUGAUCAAUAUGGGAAAAUUCGCCAUCAGGUGUCCCCUUCACUCGUCCACUAUCGCGGCACUAUCCUCAGCCCUCAAGUCACCACGGAAUUCCUGAACGCGGUGGCAAGAUCCACUCAAGUUGGGCUGCAAAAGCCUUCCCUAGAAUUCGCUUCUACCCAGCUAUUUCCUAGUCACCUCGUGACGUAUGACUCUAACGAUUCCUGGUUGCCAGAAGACAGCAAGAUCGAGGGACAUAUUGCGCCCAUGACGAGUGGAUACCAUUACAAACCUACACAAUGGCCAGGAACUGGAAAAGCUGGCUCGGCAAUCUUGAAAGAUGAACUGUUUCACAUGGAAAGCCCUUGUAUCCAGAAGCACAGACUGAAGCUCCAGGAAGCCGUGUUAUCUAUCAAAGAUACAAACUUCCUUCGUCGAUACUACGAAAAGGUUUUCCAGAAUAUACAGCAAACCAAUUGCCGAAUCCUGGCAAAAGCCUAUGUGAAACUUGUUGAGCCCCAAAAGCAAGUUCACCACCCAUACAAUGGGCGAAAACUCGCGGGGGGAGAAUUGCAGCAAUUGAGUCCCGAGGAGAGUAAGCCACCCUGGUGGCCUCCUGGAGUACGCCAUCGAGAGCCCGACCAUUUACUUAAAGCAGAACGCAUCGCGCUUCUUCUCCAUAUUCUUUGUGAUUUGCGCUGCAGUCACGGAAUUACUUCACAAAAAUUGAAGAAUGCAGAGCAGACUGUCCGGUCGCAGAUCAUCCCGGUCGAGCGAUUAGAACUCCUAGAUGAGUUGUAUCGUGUUAGAGGCGAAGAGGAAAAGUUUUUGGAUGGCCUUCUUGACAAAGACGCAUAUGUUCUUGUUUCGCGGAUCAAUUUACCCGUUCCCGAUGAAAUGUCCAGCAAAAAGGGCCGACCGAAUAGUCGGGUCUCUUCGAAGUACAAACAGGAUACAGCGACACACAAAUCAUCAUCUCGUAAUCGAGUUGUGUACAAUAUGCCUUUGGACCUUCAGCAUAGCUUCGCAGGAUACACCACUGGCCAACAAUCUAUGACAAGUUCUUCGCCAGCCUCUGCAACGCCGUCCGCUCCCCUUGAAAACAACUGCUCGGCGAUUGAGGAGGCAUGUCUUUCGACAGCCAUUGUUAACCCCACGGAGUUAUUAUCCUCUGAUUAUGCCAACAGCCCUUCUUGGCUUAUGAACUUUCCAGUAAUGGAGUGUUAUGCGGCACUUUAA